AUGGCUGCCUCCACCCUGUCCAUCUGCUCCAGCGACCUGAGCUACAGCAGCCGUGUCUGCCUGCCCGGUUCCAGUGACUCUUGCACUGACUCCUCCUGGCAGGUGGACGACUGUCCAGAGAGCUGCUGCCAGCCCUCCUGCUGUGCUCCCAGCUGCUGCCAGCCCUCCUGCUGUGUCCCCAGCUGCUGUCCAUCUACCUGCUGUGUCCCCAGCUGCUGCCCAUCUACCUGCUGUGUCCCCAGCUGCUGCCAGUCCACCUGCUGUGUCCCCAGCUGCUGCCAGCCCUCCUGCUGUGUCCCCAGCUGCUGUGCCCCAGCCCCCUGCCAGACCCUCGUCUGUGCCCCAGUGAGCUGUGUGUCCAGCCCCUGCUGCCAGGUGGCCUGCGGGCCCAGCCCCUGCCAAUCAGCCUGCACCAGCUCCUGCAUACCCUUGUGCUGCCAGCAGUCCAGCUGCCAGCCCUCUUGCUGCACCUCCUCCCCCUGCCAGCCUUCCUGCUGUGUACCUGUCCGCUGCACACCUGUCUGCUGCACACCUGUCUGCUGCACACCAGUCUGCUGCAAGCCCGUGUGCUCUGUGCCCAUCUGCUCUGGGGCUGCCCCCUGUUCAGCCCCCUCCUGCUGCCAGGCCACUCCCUGCCCCUCAUCCUGCUGCAGACCCUCCUCCUGCAUGUCCGUCAUCUGCCGCCCUGUGUGCAGACCUGCCUGCUGCGUGCCCGUCUCCUCCUGCUGCGCCCCCACCUCCUCCUGCUGCCAGCCCAGCUGCUGCCGCCCAGCCUCCUGCGUGUCCCUCAUCUGCCGCCGUGUGUGCAGACCUGCAUGCCAUGUCUCUGCCUCAGCCCAGAAGUCCUGCUGCUGA